AAUACAAAUGCCACAGAAAAUAAUUCCAUGUCAAUGAAUAGAAAACCUGGUGCGUUAUCCGACCCAAUCAAAGGAAAGUCAACCAGGUUUCCAUUUCUUCCAGGUGGAAUGAAACAAAACGAUCUAAAAUCUGAAAUUAUGGAAGAUGGUGAGCUGGAUUUUGAAACAGGUUUGUUAGACACCCCUCCCCACUUCUCUGGUCCAGUAAGGUUUGGAGAAGACGAAGACAAGCCUAUUGAUAAACUUCAAGUUCUGUCAGUGACAGACAUUCACUCCUACAGUCUAGAAGACAUUGAGUAUAGUGACAGUGAAAGUAGUGAAGACAGCGAUGAACAGCCUUCGACUACAGAUGAGAAAUCUCAAGAUCAAGAUGAUGAACCAGAGGUUAUUCUAAACGGUCAGGCAAGUUUGGACAGUAUCUUAGACAAAAAAAAGACACAAGUUGAAGAGCCAGCUAAGGAAGAAAAACCUGCUAAAGAGCAAUGGGCAUUUGAGAUAGAUAUUACCAAACCUGUUGAUGACUUUCAUAAGAAAAUACCUGAAAUGGCCCACACGUGGGAUUUUGAGCCAGAUACAUUCCAAAAGCAAGCAAUCCUCAAAGUUGAAGAACAUGAAAGUGUUUUUGUUGCUGCUCAUACGUCUGCUGGCAAGACAGCAGUAGCUGAAUAYGCCAUUGCAUUGGCCAACAGACAUAAAACCAAAACCAUCUAUACAUCACCUAUCAAAGCUYUGUCCAACCAAAAGUUCCGAGAUUUCAAGAAAAAUCUAGUUCCAUCUCACCCUGACCUUGACGUAGGCCUUUUGACAGGAGAUGUUCAAAUCAAACCWGAAGCAUCWUGYCUUAUCAUGACCACAGAGAUUUUACGGUCUAUGCUGUAUAAUGGCUCUGACGUCAUUAGAGAUGUCGAAUGGGUCAUAUUUGAUGAAGUGCAUUACAUCAACGACCCUGAGAGGGGGGUGGUGUGGGAAGAAGUUCUCAUCAUGUUACCAGAUCAUGUGGGCAUCAUACUGUUGUCUGCGACAGUGCCGAACACUUUAGAGUUUGCUGAUUGGAUCGGGCGGACAAAGCGGAAACGCAUCCACGUGAUCAGCACCGCAAAGCGCCCAGUCCCUCUCGAGCACUUUCUGUACACAGGCAACAGCAAUAAAACAAGCAACGAGCUGUUUCUACUUCUCGAUCAAAACAGCACGUUCUUGACACGUGGCUACCAAAAAGCUAUGGAUGCCAUCAAGGAGCGUUCCAGUAAAAGUAAAGAGAUGUAUGGAGCCAAAGGAGGGAAAAGCUUUGGCAACGUUAAGUCGGAUCGAAAUGUUUGGUUGUCAUUGGUUACGAUGCUCGAGAAGAAAGAGAAGUUACCUGUUGUUGCGUUUACRUUCUCGAGAAAAAAAUGCGACGAAAAUGCCGACUCCCUUUCCAACUUGAACYUGACUACGAACUUAGAGAAGAGYCGUGCGCAAGUAYURCUACARAARUAUUUAGCAAARUUGAAAGGAACUGAUAGAAAUCUGCCACAGGUGAAGAAAAUGGAGGAGCUUCUGAAAAAAGGAAUAGGAGUUCACCACAGUGGAGUCUUGCCCAUACUGAAAGAGGGCAAACCAAUUUCUCUAAAUUCCCAGUUUCGACUUACUUACUCAAUGAUUCUCAAUCUMCUUCGCGUCGAGCAACUUMGAGUCGARGAGAUGAUGAAGAGAAGCUUCGCAGAGUUCAACGUCCAGCGCGAUGCCGACGGCAUGAAGAAAGAAGCCGACCAGCUAGAACAACAGUUGUCCGCAGUGAAGACGAUGGAUUGUGUGCUAUGUAGUCAGGAUCUYGUUCAAUACUAUCAGUCACUAAGAGAACUGCAAGAACUAAGCCAUAAAAUAAAGGUCGCURUAYUGUCAUCAUCAGCUGCUCARAAAGCUCUUCUUCCUGGUCGCAUAGUAACGCUCAAAACUACUAAUGGCCACAGAGUCUUAUCUGUUCUUCUUCACAUUGAAUCUGGUUCAUCCGGUCAAAACCUGAYUGACAGGAAAAUCACCCUUCUGUCACUGACAGAUGCGCAAUGUAAAGAUUUUGUUUCAUCCAGUAUUUUACAUAACAAUGACGAGCAGAUUUUACCUUGUGUGCAAUCCAAGUUGUUUCACCCUGAAGGGCCAUCUGGACAUGAUAUUAUCAAAGUCCCUAUCAUGGAUAUCUGUGAUAUAACAGUGCGAAAACUAAAAGUAGAAGGCGAUAAGAUCAUUGAUGACUACAGAAAGAGAGAGCUGCCAAGAUUCAGYAAUGACCCACCAUGUCGAUCAGCGCUUAUCGCGCAACAAGAACUUCUCMGGCUGGUCGAGUCGAAUCCAGAUGGACUGGAGACAAUGAAUCCUAUCAAAGACUUCAACAUCCGGGAUAUCGAUACUGUUGAGUGGAUUUCUAGGAAAUCGUACCUCGAUGAUGUCAUUGAUAAGUUUGCCUGUAAAGAUUGCCCAAAGCUUCAGGAACACUUUUCACGUGUUCGCGAUGAAAUUCUCCUAAGGGAGCAGCUCAAACACUUGAAGUUCUUAUUGUCAGAUGAAAGUCUACAUCUCAUUCAGGACUACCAUCAGAGAAUAGAGGUAUUACGAAAACUUCGUUACAUCGACUCAAGUAAUCGAGUUCAGUUAAAAGGACGAGUCGCUUGUGAGAUGAACAAUCAUGAACUGAUGAUAACUGAGCUUGUUUUCCAAAACCUAUUGACCGAUCUACAUCACACAGAGAUAGCUGCCCUUUUAUCGUGUUUUGUAUUCCAACAAAAAAGGUGCAGUGAGCCGACACUUACAAAGACUCUACAAGAAGGUAAAGACCGYAUUUUGUCGAUUGCUGGGGAAAUAGUCGCUGUACAGAAUGACUGCGGUCUGGCGACAAACGAGGAAGAUUUCAAGGAGCAGUUCUAUUUUGGUUUACUGGAAGUYGUCUACGAAUGGGCGAGAGGAGUUCCGUUUUCUGAUAUCACCAAUUUGACCGAUGUGCAAGAAGGUAUUAUCGUAAGAUGUAUCCAGCGUCUAGACGAAACGUGUCGAGACGUACGCAACGCAGCACGUAUCAUCGGCGACCCUAGUUUGUAUAAAAAGAUGGAAGAUGCGUCCGAGUCUAUACGUAGAGAUAUUGUAUUUGCUGCUAGUCUUUACACUCAAUAAUGAUACGUAAAAGCUGCGUUUACGUUGUACUGGACUGGCGGAUGCGUAAGCAAAUAUGCCGCCAUAUGCCGUUAUGAGAAACUGUUUAACGUAAAGGGUGCUACGUAAACGUAUACGCUCUACUGGAACGAAGAUGGCGCUAUUUCGUUCAGUACUUGAUGUAAACGCAGUCUAAAAUAAAUUAUGGACAAUUCUAAAUUAAUUGUCAAAUUUGGAACUAGAAUUUUUCCAAUAAAAAUAUUGAAAUGAA